ACGUAGCUUAGGAUCAUAAUCUUUUCCAACUUCUGCUGGUCAGGUGAACAAGUUGCGACUGAAAUGCUGAUUAUUCUGUGUUUAAUUGUUGCCAUGCUGGAACCUUGUUAUUCUCUCGGGAAUUUAAAUGACACUUGUGUGGGAGACGAGACAUUUCCUUCCUUUAAGUCCUACCAGCUGGACAUUUCAGACCACAGUGACCAAAAAGCUAUGAAAGGAUGGUUCAACAUGGUGAACAAGUUCAUUAGGGCUGUCCAACCAAGUGACGAACUUCUAGAUGCCUUUAUUGAAUAUGCCACUAGAGAGGAAUUCCAAAUACCCGAAUCAGUUUACGAGAUACUAUCAUUGGAGAAAACCAUCGUAGCUUGCAUCGUUAUAGGCCUAAUUUACGUCAUCGUAAUGUGGCUGAUUGGAAUUUUCUUUUUUUGCUGUCGGUUGUGCAACAACUGUGGAGGAAAGCGAGUACAGAGUGUCUCCGAAAGUACUGGACUCUGGCGACAACUUUUGACCAUUAUGUUAGGUCUAGUAAUUGUGUUAAUGUUGAUCGCCAUUAUAUGUAUGUUUGCAACUAACAACCGUCUGAAAGGCUCUCUGAAUGAAACCGAAGAUAAUAUUAUUGCUGGACUUAACGAUGUAGAUAAUUUUAUGAACACUACUUACGAGCAAAUCCGAUAUUUAACCGUGGACUGUCUGGAUGUAACUUUCAGUGAGAUUUUAAAUGAUAUGGACGACAUCAAAACGCAAGUUGGAGACCCAGUAGUAAAGAGCCUAAUGCGCAUUAUUUCGAUAGAGGAGCUAAUUAAGAAGUCGGAGGAUAUUGAUUCAGGAAUUCAGAAUAUCACAGAAAAACUGGAAGAAGUCGUUAACGAAAUAGACGAUAUUCGUUUAAAUUACAGCAAGCUUGAAAAAGAGGUACAAAAUAUUCAAAAAAAUCUUGAAGACAUAAAAGAAGGCUGUAAAGAAAACUGCGACUCUAUUGACUUGGAAAAUUUAGUUAUUAAUCCAAACAGCAGUCUUCAGAAGUUUGAUCUGAAUGGGAAGUUGAACGAAUAUGAAGAAUUACGUGACUUUAAGGUUGCGAACAAAACUAUACUGCUUAAAGAAGAAAUCUUGGAUUUUCCAACAAAUAUACAAAAUAAAACGUUUCCAAUUACAGAAGACGUGAAGAAUCAGAUCAUGUCAUUUAACGCUAAAAUACGUGACGGAAAAUACAGGAAAGAACUAGACAGCAUCUGGUCUGAGGUGUUGAAACAAACAAAUGUUGGAAGAAGAACCGUUCAAGAAACAAUGGACCUAAUAGAACCCUACGAAGGUUACAGGUGGUGGGGAGGUUUCACAGUAUGUGUGAUUGUAGCGUUAUUAGAGGGCGCUCUGAUCGUGGGACUUUGUUUGGGGAUUUUUGGCUACAAGAAAGACAGACACCCGACUCAUAGAACUGUGAUAUCACACUCUGGAGGACUUCUUCUAAUAAUUUCCGUGUAUUUAAUGUUCCUCUUCUCUGGAUUCCUCAUGCUGCUGGUGAUGCCACUGUUUCUGGUAGGAAGCCACGGACAAAUUUACGUUUGUUUACCUCUUUAUCAGGAAGACCUUGUGUUUCUAGACAAAAUUAUGGAUGUGAUUCGGAAUGAAACGAGCGAGACAAAUAAACUGAUAGAGAAUCUUCAGCCAAGUCAGGUGCUUCUCCAUUGCAAAGACAACAAAACAGCGUUCAAAGCUUUGAAUCUAGACGAAGUUUUAGAUAUCAGCGAUGUUGUAAAUUAUGAGAAACACAUAGGGUUGGAAAAUAUAGAAGAAAGGCUCAAAGAAAUCAUACAAGAACUCGAAAUUUCAUACGACUUUUCAGAUAUCCCAGGUUCCACGCUGAAUAUAGUAGACCUACCGAUGCUGAAAGAAACGUUAAGCCAAAAUGUUCUUACAAUUGACGACGCAACAUUGAAUGAGUGGAGAGCCAUACAAACACAGGAUAACAAGUUAGAGGAGGUCAUUAAAGAGAUUGAGCGACUCAAUAGAAGGGACGAACUGCUAAAACAUGUUGAAAUAUUUGAAAACGAAAGUGUUCAUCUUCAGGAAACCAUUAAUGAAAUGAACGAACUUAUGAAGAAACAGAAAGUAAACUUGAAUAACAGUUUGAUUAAUUCAGUAGAAAAGGAAACGAGGAGAUUCAUACGUAAACUUUUGGAUAAAGGAAGCCAGUACGUGAACUCAACACUGACUGCGGUUAAUUUUUCGGUCGGAAAAUGUGGAGUUAUAUGGAAUAUUUUUGACGCUGUUCGAAUAGUUUUGUGUAAACACUACCUAGAGCCCGUGAAUGGAUUCUGGUUCGGACUUGGCUGGUGUCUUGCAUUUUUCAUCCCUGCUAUAAUUAUCUCAACGAAGCUAUCAAAACAUUUUCUUCGAAUGUCGAAAAUCGCUAAAUAUGAAGGAGGAACCGAAAGAGAGAAUGAACCUUAUGCUGUGGAACUAGUUGAAGACGAAAAAACUGGCAAAAAGUGGUUGUAACAAAUCCAUAAC